UAUUCACUCACAAAUUUUACUGGAUUAUAUGAGUUUAUCCCACUUUACCCACUGCUGCAGAUAUUCCGUGUAGCCUACAGGUGGUAGUGUGGACUGUGCCUAGUGUGGUCUGCUGCUGCUGCGUGUGUUGUCCGCCCAUACAGCCCUAGCUAGCUACCCAAGUAACUGUGGCCGCUGGAUCUCCAUCGUGUGUCGGACCGGAGCGCUAGCAGUGGCGCGGUAACCUGCGCAGCGUCGAGAGAUAGACGGCCACGGAAACGUUGACACUGCCUUCUGGGGAUUUAUAACUGCAGUUUGGUCUCUGCAGCUGGAGAAGUGGUGCCUGAAACGGUGUUAUGAGGCUAUAAGGGCGAGUGUUGACUGAGUUGGGGAAUUGUCUGUCUGUGGCUAGCUAAGGUAGUUAGCUUAGCAUGUUGAGCUAAAGGUGAACUGAAGCCAGAACUGACUGGCUAUCAGGAGAGACCAACGGCUAGCUAAUUUACUACACAGCGUUCGACCAGCCUGUCUCCAGUCGACAACUCAGAUGUCACGAAGGUGGCAGAUACGACCACGGUUGGACUACGAAGCUGGAGAAUGGAUUAAUUCAACAUUUGAGUGUGGAAGUUCAUGUUAAGGUGCGCUGGGCAGCACAGCGAGCAAGUUGGCUAGCCCCGCUGCUAGCUGGCUAGCUAGCUUAGCGACGGCCAACGACCAAGUGAAUGUUGCCUCUUGACCCCCAGCCACUUUUGUGUCUGUAACAGACAUGGAGUUAGCCGCUUGCCCCCUAGCACACCAGAACGGUGACGUCCACCGGCAAGAGCGCGUCCUGAAGCCAUCAACCACUGCUCUGAAGGUUUAUCUCUACCACAGCAGUGGGAGCGAGGCUGAGGAUACCUCCCUCUGUUAUCCACCAGGGGAGUAUGUGGCUGAAGAGCUGGCCAUCGACGCAGCUAAGGAGUGUGGGGUGUCACCAGUGUACCUCAGCCUGUUCAGCCUUUACAAAGAAAGUGACCAAGUCUGGUUAUCACCCAAUCACAUCCUUCAGUUAGAUGAGUCAGCCAAAGAGAGUUUGAUCUUCAGAAUUAGGUACUAUUUUCCUGGCUGGUAUAGCUGUGGAGCCUCUCGAGCAUACCGCUGUGGUGUUACAAAGGGAUCUGAGAGUCCUGUCCUUGAUGACCAUGUCAUGGCUUAUCUUUUUGCCCAGUGGAGAAGUGACUUCGUCAAUGGUUGGGUGAAGCUGUCCAGUAACCAUGAGACCCAAGAAGAGUGCCUUGGCAUGGCUGUGCUGGAUAUGAUGAGGAUAGCCAAGGAGAAGCAGCGCUCCCCACUAGAUAUUUACAAUGCCAUGAGUUACAAGUCCUUCCUUCCCAAGGACAUGCGAAAACAGAUCCAGGACUACCACUUAGUGACGCGAAAGCGGAUCCGCUACCGUUUUCGGAAGGUGGUGCAGCAGUUCAGUCAGUGCCGGGCCACAGCUCGCGACCUGAAGCUCAAAUACCUGAUAAACCUGGAGGCUCUGGAUUCAGGCUUUUACACCGAGCACUUCCAGGUCAAAGAACCCUCAGCUGGCCAGGUCACCAUCAUUGUCUCUGCUGAUCAAGGCAUACAGUGGUGUCGCGAGAAGCAAAAAGACGAGCAGUCGGAGGACCUGCAGACGUAUUGUGAUUUUCCUCACGUUAUUGAUAUCAGUAUCAGACAAGCCAGCAAAGAGGGUUCUAACAAAAGCCGGGUCGUCUCCAUCAACAAACAAGAUGGAAAAACUCUGGAACUGGAGUUCUCCUCCCAUGCAGAGGCUUUGUCCUUUGUGUCUCUGAUCGAUGGCUACUACAGACUAACCGUCGAUGCCCAUUACUACCUCUGCAAAGACACUGCGCCACCUCGACUAUUAGAGGCCAUUGAGAAUUACUGCCAUGGGCCAAUAUCAAUGGAGUUUGCCAUCAGUAAACUGCGCAGGACUGGAAACCAGCGAGGUGUUUUUGUGCUCCGUUGCAGCCCCAAAGAUUACAACAAAUUCUUCUUGACAUUCGCUGUUGGGAUGUAUGAUGAGGUGGAAUACAAGCAUUGUUUGAUCAGCAGAUCAGACAGUGGAGAUUAUGUGCUGAGUGGGACUAAGAGGGCCUUCAGAAGCAUGCAGGAGCUGCUCAAAUGUUACCAAAAAGAGACAGUGAGGUCAGACGGCAUCGCCUUUCAGUUCAGCAAAUGCUGCCCUCCCAAGGCCAAAGGAAAGUCAAGUCUACUUGUUUGUCGGAGUAAUAAGGGCUCUGAGGUUUCUGUCUCACCCUCCCUGCACAGACAGAACAUCAAUCAGAUGGUUUUCCACAAAAUCAGGAAAGAAGACCUAGAGUUUGGAGAGAAUCAAGGCCAGGGAACGUUCACAAAGAUUUUCAGAGGGAUUCGGAAAGAACUGGGAGAUUAUGGAGAGAUGCACCAGACCGACGUCAUCAUUAAAGUCCUGGAUAAAACACACAGAAAUUAUUCAGAGUCCUUUUUUGAGGCCGCCAGCAUGAUGAGCCAGCUCUCCCACAGGCAUCUGGCACUCACCUAUGGCAUCUGUGUGUGUGGCGAGGAGAACAUUAUGGUGCAGGAGUAUGUGAAGUUUGGCUCUCUGGACACCUACUUGAAGAAAAACAAGAACGCAGUCAAUAUCUUGUGGAAACUGGAAGUGGCCAAGCAGCUCGCAUGGGCCAUGCUCUUCCUCGAAGAGAAGAACCUGGCCCAUGGAAAUGUGUGCGCGAAAAAUGUCCUCCUGAUUCGCGAGGAAGACAGGAAAGCGGGCAACCCUCCUUUCAUCAAACUCAGCGACCCGGGCAUUAGCAUUACAGUACUGCCCAAAGAAAUUUUGGUGGAGCGAAUCCCAUGGGUGCCUCCUGAAUGUAUUGUGGACCCCAAGAACCUCAGCCUUGCAACGGACAAGUGGAGCUUUGGUACGACGCUCUGGGAGAUUUGCAGUGGAGGAGAGAAGCCUCUUGCAAACAUGGACAGUUCCAAGAAACAUUUGUUCUACGAGAACCGCCAUCAACUGCCUGUCCCUAAAUGGACAGAACUGGCCAACCUGAUCAACAGUUGCAUGGACUAUGAGCCAGCAUUCAGGUCAUCCUUCAGGGCAGUCAUUCGUGACCUCAACAGUCUAUCCUGUCCAGACUAUGAGAUGAUGAUGAUGGAAAGUGACCUGCUGCCCAGUAGAACUGGAGGUCUCGCAUUUGCCACCGGAGCCUUUGAGGACCAGGAGCCAGUGCAGUUUGAAGAAAGGCAUCUAAUAUUCUUACAACAACUGGGCAAGGGAAACUUUGGCAGUGUGGAGAUGUGCCGCUACGACCCCCUGCAGGACAGCACUGGUGAGGUGGUGGCGGUGAAGAAGCUGCAGCACAGCACCACUGAGCACAUGCGGGACUUUGAGCGAGAAAUCGAAAUCCUCAAAUCCCUCCAGCAUGAGAACAUUGUUAAGUACAAAGGAGUCUGCUAUGGCGCAGGGCGACGGAACCUGCGGCUGGUAAUGGAAUACCUGCCUUAUGGCAGCCUGCGAGAUUACCUUAACAAGAACUGUGACAGGAUCGACCACAAAAAGCUUGUACAUUACGCUUCUCAAAUCUGCAAGGGUAUGGAGUACCUUGCUAACAAACGGUACAUUCAUCGAGAUCUGGCCACUCGGAACAUCUUGGUGGAGAGUGAGUUUCGGGUUAAAAUCGGUGAUUUCGGCCUAACAAAGGUGUUGCCUCAGGACAAAGAAUACUACAAGGUCAAAGAGCCUGGAGAAAGCCCAAUCUUCUGGUAUGCCCCGGAGUCCCUCACAGAGAGCAAGUUCUCAGUGGCGUCAGACGUCUGGAGUUUCGGAGUUGUUUUGUAUGAACUCUUCACCCACAGUGACAAGAUCUGUAGUCCUCCUACGGUCUUCAUGAGCAUGAUGGGAGGAGAUAAGCAGAGCCAGACUAUAGUGUAUCAUCUCAUUGAACUCUUGAAACGAGGGAACCGCUUACCCCAGCCCGUGGGCUGCCCCUCCGAGAUGUAUGAGAUAAUGCAGGAGUGUUGGGACAACGACCCCAGCUUUCGGCCGGCCUUUAAGGAGCUCGCUCUGCGAGUGGACUUGUUUCGAGACAGUGGCGACUCGGACAGAUACACUCAAGUGCCUCCCUUUUAAGAGACUUUGUUGCCGGGUUGUGAAUCAAGGCCUGAAUCCUCAGUCUCAUGUUUUUCAGCGUGCCACCUCAACAGAUCUCAGUUAGGACUCGCAGCCUUGAACUUCUGCCAGCUUUUUAAGAACAGUUUUGGGAAAAAAAUGUUUGUUUUGCUUCUUGUCUUUUUUUUUUUAUUUGCUAGCAGUGCUGGCAUGCUUCUCCGCCCCCCACAUCCCCAACACACACACACACACACACACACACAUCCUCCACCGCCUACCAGGAAAGCAAGAACUGUGAACAGAAGAAUGCACAAGCACUGCAUUCUUUUUAUAUCUUAAAAUGUUUUUAUGUACAUAAACAGAUUUUAUAAUUUUAUAAAAAAUAAAUGCACUGCUGGCUAUAUUUGAACUGUUGCAAAGCAGUGAAAUGCAAAUGAAGAAUUUAAAAAAGAGAGAGAUAUAAAUAUUAUUGUUUAUAGGUUGUUUUCUUUUUCAUCGUCAUGCAGGUGGUGUCUAAUAAUUAAAUCAUAUAUUAAUGAUACUGAAUGUAUCCAGAAAUGUUAUUUUAAUGUAGAAGUAAUUUAUCAGUGAGGGUUUUUUUAGUAGCUUUCUGCCCUUGAGAAGCAGAACCUACACUGUUUGUUUCAGAAGCAGCUGGAACUUAAUGAGCAGGGUAAGUGGUGGCUGCAACAUUUGAUGUUUUGAGUGAUCAGCUUUGUAAAAAUAUUCUUUACCCUGGGGAUUGAUAUACAACUUGCAUAGGAGGAACAUUUGGCUUUACCUAGGCAGCCUAGGCAAUCCUCUCAUACUGACAUUACACCAAACGAUUUUAAAGCGAUUUCACUGUCAGACAAACUUCCAGAGUCAGAAUAAAAUAAUGUUUUGCUCGA